AUGGGAACUUCGAGUGCAAAUGACAUGGACGUGGUCGUGGACGUGGACGUGGACGUGGACAUGGACAUGGACAUGGACGUGGACAUGGACGUGGACGUGGACAUGGACGUGGACGUGGACAUGGACGUGGACAUGGACGUAGACGUGGACAUGGACGUGGACGUGGACGUGGACGUGGACGUGGUCGUAGACGUGGACGUGGACGUUGAUCUGGACAUGGACGGGGACGGGGACGUGGACGUGGACGUGGACGUGGACAUGGAUGUGGACGUGGACGUGGACGUGGACAUGGACGUGGACAUGGACGUGGACGUGGACCUGGACGUGGACGGGGACGUGGACGUGGACGUGGACGGGGACGUGGACGUGGACGUAGACGUGGACGGGGACGUGGACGCGGACGUGGACGCGGACGCGCGGACGCGCACUGGACGUGGAGUGGACGUGGACGUGGACAUGGACGUGGACGUGGACGUGGACAUGGACGUGGACGUCGACGUGGACGUGGAGGACGUGGACGUGGACGUGGACGGGGAGAACUUGGACGUGGACAUGGACGUGAACGUGGACGUGGACGUGGACGUGGAGGACUUGGACGUGGACAUGGACGUGGACGUGGACGUGGACAUAGACGUGGACGUGGACGUGGACGACGUGGACGUGGACAUGGACGUAGACAUGGACGUGGACAUGGACGUGGACGUGGACGUGGACAUGGACGUGGACGUGGACAUGGACGUGGACAUGGACGUGGACAUGGACAUGGACGUGGACAUGGACAUAGACAUGGACGUGGACAUGGACGUGGACAAGGACGUGGGCGUGGACGUGGACGUGGACGUGGACGUGGAGAUGGACGUGGACGUGGACGUGGAGGACUUGGACGUGGAGAUGGACGUUGACGUGGACGUGGACGUGGACGUGGACAUGGACGUGGACGUGGACAUGGACGUGGACGUGGACAUGGACGUGGACGUGGACGUGGACAUGGACGUGGACAUGUACGUGGACGUCGACGUGGAAGUGGACGUGGACGUGGAGAACUUGGACGUGGACAUGGACGUGGACAUGGACGUGGACGUGGAUGUGGACGAAGACAUGAUGGACGUGGACGUGGACAUGGACGUGGACGUGGACGUGGACGUAGACAUGGACGUGGACCUGGACGUGGACGAGGACGUGGACGUGGACAUGGACGUGGACGUGGACGUAGACAGGGACAUGGACUUGGACAUGGACGUGGACGUGGACAUGGACGUGGACGUGGACAUGGACAUGGACAUGGACGUGGACGUGAACGUGGACGUGGACAUAGACGUAGACGUGGACGUGGACAUGGACAUGGACACGUCAUUUGCACUCUAA